AUAAUGCAUUAUUUAUAAAUUCAUGCCAACUCGUGGCUUGGGCACAUUCACUGUUGCCGUACCGAUGUUGCCGAACCAAUCAGAAUCAGGUCUCGUACGACACAAUUAAAUCAAAUAUAAGUAAUAAAAGAAAAAAGAGAGAGAGAGAGAGAGAGAGAGAGAGAGAAUUCCUUCAAAACAAUCACAAGGUUUCAUCAUUUACUUUCUUACAUCUUCCCUCACUUUCCCAAGAAACCAACCAAAAUCCCAGAAACCCUCGCCUCGACCCAUGCCCUCUCCGUUGGGCUCACCCACAAGCUCCCGGUCUGUAACCCAGACCGUGAACGGCUCCCACCGUUUCACAAUCAAAGGCUAUUCCUUAGCCAAAGGCAUGGGCAUAGGCAAACACAUAGCCAGCGAGAGCUUCACCGUUGGAGAUUACCAAUGGGCAAUUUAUUUUUACCCUGACGGUAAAAACCCUGAAGAUAAUUCAACUUAUGUCUCCGUUUUCGUAGCUUUAGCAAGUGAAGGCACAGAUGUCAGAGCCCUUUUCGAGUUAACCCUUUUGGACCAAAGUGGGAAAGGGAAACAUAAAGUUCAUAGCCAUUUUGAUCGAGCUCUUGAAAGUGGCCCUUAUACGCUUAAGUAUAGGGGAAGCAUGUGGGGUUACAAGCGUUUUUUCCGGCGGGCUCUGCUUGAAACAUCAGAUUUCCUCAAGGAUGAUUGCUUAAAAAUAAAUUGCACUGUUGGUGUUGUGGUUUCACAAAUAGAUUGCCCUAGAUUUCACCCCAUACAGGUCCCCGAUUCUGAUAUUGGCUCCCAUUUUGGCAUGUUGUUGGAAAAUGAAGAAGGUUCAGAUAUUGCUUUUAAUGUGUUUGGGGAAAAGUUUCAUGCUCACAAGUUGGUAUUAGCUGCUAGAUCUCCUGUAUUUGAAGCUGAAUUUACUAAUAGGAUGGAAGAAGAUAAUGAUGAAAUAGUUGUUACAGAUAUGGAGCCUAAGGUUUUUAAGUCCUUGCUGCAUUUCAUAUACAGAGACACUCUUAUUGACGAUGAGGAGUUCGUAGGGACUAGUUCAUCUUGUAUGCCAUCUGUAUCUGACGCAUUAGCUUCAAAGUUGUUGGCUGCAGCAGACAAAUAUGACUUGCCUAGACUUAGACUGAUGUGUGAGUCUGUACUCUGCAAGGAUAUAUCUGUGAACUCAGUCGCAAAUAUUUUAGCACUGGCUGAUCGUUACCAUGCUAUGGAUCUAAAAUCUGUUUGCUUAAAAUUUGCUGCUGAAAAUCUUGUUGCUGUUAUGCGCUCGGAUGGUUUUGAGUAUCUCAAAGAAAACUGCCCGUCGCUGCAGUCAGAGCUCCUCAAGACAGUUGCAGGAUGUGAGGAAGAAUUCAGUGGUGGUGGGAAGAGCCGAAGUGUGUGGGCACAGUUUUCUGAUGGUGGUGAUACGAUUAACCGGAGUGUAAGGCAACAAAGCUGGGAAAACGGAGGGGAACAACAAAAUCAAGGCUUGUGGGUACAACUUGAAGGUGGUGACGGUGGCGAGGGGAGUCCCAGGCAAGAAGAAUGAUGCUGGAAACAUGUACUUACAUUGUUUUGUCAACUAACAUUGAGAACAUUAGAUAUUUCAUGUUUCAUGUUGUACUGUAUGUUGGUUCAGUGACUUAAGUUAUGGAGGCAAUGUACUUAUGGUUGCUAAUAUGCUAAUGCAGUGCACGAAAUACAGUAUAAUUUGCUUUA